AACACUUCUUUGUGUCUUUUUUAGAGAUGAUGACGUUUCAUAUACGGCACGCGCGGUCGCCCUCUUCAGGUUUAAAUGAACAACUGAACGCCAUGCGCUGCGACGUAUUUCCGGGAAAAUCUCAGCCAGCGUAUUUGCUUCCUCAUCGCGUGCGUUGCAAAACUCUUGCAUUGGAAUAAUUUUACAGCGAUUUAUAAUUCAAGUAACGUUAUUAUAUAUAGUUCAGCUUUAUGGCUUCCAGAAAAUUUAAAUAUCAACGGCGAGAAGAUAGCAAAGCUGCGGAACAUUGUUGUGUCCCGUUAUGUGCAGCCUCCUCAAGGUUCAACUCAGUACUGAGCUUCCACACUUUUCCUACGGACGAAGAAAAACGGGGAAAGUGGAUUCACAACAUUCGACGUGAGAAAUUAAACAUUACAUCUCACACAAGAGUGUGCAGUCGUCACUUUAUUAGUGAUUUCCUGAUCGAGCCAUCGACACCUAGUGGGCGUCGCUUGUUGAGGAAGGGGGCUGUACCCACUUUAUUCACGUGGAACGGCUUCUCCGUUGCAGAACCAGAGCAAAAGGAUGUUUACAACCAAGACGAUGAGAAUCCUGUGCCAGUGGAAGUCCAUCACGUGGAACAUGAUUAUUGUGCAGUUCCAAAACCCGCGGCAGCUGAUAAUGCGCAGGAUCAGACAGAAGAACUCCGUAAAGAGGUGGAGCGACUGAGAAGACAGGUGGAGGAGUUGUCGAUGAGUCAAAGAUUUUGUUUGGGGCGAUUUGCUGCUUCUGACGAUGAUAUAAGGUUCUACACUAGGUUUUUAACUCACAGCCAUCUAAUGGCUUUCUGGAAACUCAUUGAACCUGCAUCGCACAACAUGAUUCAUGUGUCAAGAGUUAGAGCAACUACAAUGAAGAGUGAAGCUGGAACAAUAGGCAGUGCAUUGGGUCAGCCCCUGCAGCCCAUUGAUGAGUUCUUUCUAUUCAUGGUCUACCUCUCACUUGGCCUAGAGCAGCGGGAUCUGGCCCACAGAUUCAACGUCCAUGAGUCCACAGUUAGCCGAAUUAUUACAACCUGGGCCAAUUUUUUGUACACCAUUCUUGGGUCUGUCCGCAUCUGGAUGUCUGAGGAGGCGGUCAAGGCUCAUCUACCCAUUGAGUUCCAGGACAACCCAGACACACAAGUGGUGAUGGAUUGCACAGAACUGCGUUGCCAAACACAAACUUCACUCCUGCUUCAAAGUGAAGUCUUCUCCGCUUACACGUCCCACUGCACCUUCAAGGGAUUAAUCGGCAUGGCACCACAUGGUGCAAUCACCUUUGUGUCAUCCCUGUAUGCAGAUUCUGUCACUGACAAGGAGCUUUUUGAGCAGUCUGGAAUUGUAUCGCUGCUCAAACCCGGAAUGGCCAUUAUGGUUGACAGAGGUUUUCUUGUUGAUGACUGUGUCCCAUGCAAAGUCUACAGAAUUGCUUACCUGUCAAAGAGGGAACAUAUGUCAGCUGACGAGGUGAGGGAGACACAGUCCAUGGCUCGGCUGAUGGUCCACGUUGAGCGUCUCAUCGACAGGGUGAAACAAAACAAGCUGUUUGACACAGUCAUCCCUCUGUCCAUUACAGGGAGCAUCAACGAGCUGUACACAGUGGCUUGCCUCCUCGUAAAUUAUCAGAAUGGCCCCUUAGUAAAAGCAUUGGUGAAGGAUUAAAGACGAGAUAAUAUUUGUUGGGGAUUGAUGAGUUUGGAUUUAUUGUUCAAUUUAUAAAUAAUAUAAACAUGUUUAUAAUUAAUUUUUGUACUGUGUUGACUGCACUGCACUGGCAAAGUCCUCACAUUUACAUUCAUGCAUUUGGCAGACGCUUUUAUCCAAAGUGACUUACAUUGCAUUGUAUUAUACAUUUAGUUUCUGACUAUUUGCAAUCCCCUGGGAUCCUUAUACACCUCUGCUGCUUGGAGGACUGAGAGGUCAGACAAUUCACUGGUGACAGCGUGACACCCUUUUAAAGGGUGCUCCUGAAAUGAACAAAAUACAUUUUUAAACAAAAAGUAAAUUUGUUAGUUUUUAUUGUAUACUAUAUUCAUCAUUGUUAGUAUGAGCUGAAGAAUUUGACAAAAAUGUAUGAGCUUAUAAAGUAUUUUGUAUGAUUAAAAACAUGCUCUUACAAUUAGGGCUGCUCGAUUAUGACAAAAAUCAUAAUCACGAUUAUUUUGGCCAAUAUUGAGAUCCCGAUUAUUUUGGCCAAUAUUGAGAUCCCGAUUAUUUAACAUGAUUACUCACUAAGUUUUAAAACAACAGAAAAAUAAAAAAACUUGGCUUUUAAACUGUGAAUUCAACUGAAAAAUAAAUGUAAGAAAUAGCACAGCUGAACAACUGUAAAGGAAGGGGGUGCGCUGUGGAUUUAUACCACAAGAAAAGAGAGGAUCCUUGCAAAAUGGAAUGCGGCACAAUAAUCGUUUUACGUCGAUUAUUUUGUUUUUGAAAUUGUUGAAGGCCAAAAUUGACGAUUACAAUUAUUUUCGAUUAAUUGCACAGCCCUACUUACAACGCUCUAAAGUUCCAAUAAAUAU